UAAUGGCUAACAGCAUCUUUCUGAUUGCAGAAAUGGACGAAGAUGGGGAUGUGGUGUCGGGGUUAGAAGGCAAACCGCUGGGGGGAUGGGGGCUGCUGCAGAUCGCAGGAUGCACGGGAUUGGCUGCUUACUCUGUGUGGGCCUUGGUGCUGAUGCCCGGCUUCAGGAAAGUGCCAUUAAAAUUACAGGUUCCGUACAUUCCAGCCAGUGCUAGGCAAGUGGAGAAUGUACUGACGCUGCUGGAAGGACGGUCCGGGAAGAUGGUGGACCUGGGCUCUGGUGACGGCAGAAUAGUUCUGGAGGCGGCCAGACGGGGCUUCAGCCCAGCGGUAGGGUACGAGCUCAACCCCUGGCUAGUGCGCCUGUCAUAUUUCUACGCCUGGAAGUCGGGUUAUCAGCGCCGGGUGUCUUACCUGCGAGAGGACUUGUGGAAGGUGAAACUACACGACUGCAGAAACAUCUCCAUAUUUCUGGCCCCCAGUGUGGUGAGUAUGCUCUUUAAAGAAGUACUGAGGCAGGUUGCUGUGAUGGUU